AAAGCUCUGAACGCCUAAACACGACGAUCAUUCUACGUGCGGCAAUCGAAGAAGAAUGCUGACGAUCUGUGCUUUCACAAUAGCGCUAUUACUGCCAUCUGCAGUCUUCAGUGAUGAUCUGCUGGUGACAGUUCCAGGCAGUCUGAAACUGGGCGUUCCUAACAACAUCGUGCUACACCUCGAUUCGAGUUCUAGCAAGACUGUGGACAUCCAGGCGUACAACGACGGUAAACGUGUGGCCUAUCUACAGAAAGUCGUUGAACCUGGAAGUCCCACCACUUUGCCUCUCCAGCUAAAUGCGACAGACAUUGAUGGAGGAAGGACUGGAUCUCGUUGCAAUGCCAGUGUUAGUCUGCUUAUUGAAUGCCCUGAUCUGUCUUUCCGUCGUCAGAUGGAAGUGUUGCUUGACUGUUCUGGCGCGUCUGCUUACAUUUUCACGGACAAGAGCGUUUACACUCCCGGACAAACUGUCUCGCUUCGUGUUGCUUGUUUGGAUUGGAAGUUGACAAGUUUUGAAGAGCAGCUCACCAUUGAUGUCAAGAAUCCAAAAGGAAUUAUAAUCAGACGAUGGAUUGAAAAAAAUGAGAAAGGAUCACUGUUUGAUAAGUCAUUUACAAUUGACAGUAAUCCACAAUUUGGCUUGUGGACUGUGGAUGUUCGUCCUAAACAAGACAGUAAGGCCCUGCCAAUGGGCAGUAUUCAGUUUGAAGUUAAAGAAUACGUUGUGCCUCGAUACGAAGUGAAAAUAUCAGCUCCCGAUUAUAUCAUGAAGUCAACAGCACCAUUUAAUAUCACAGUAACAGCAACUUACACUUAUGGUGAGCCAGUGAGAGGCCAUGCUGCAAUAGAAACUGGAGUUAUUUUUGAGAACAAGUACCGACCAAUUACAGCACAUCAUACAAAACAAUCACUUGUUGACGGUGUAGCUCGAUUUCAAUUAACCAUAGAGGAGAUUGAAAAAGGAUUGCCGUAUGGAUUUCCAUUGGGAGGACUCUUGAGGGUAAGAGCAAUAGUCACGAGUGAAGGAGUGAGACUCACCGAAGAAGCCUCCAUUGAAAAGACUGUAUUCUCCGCCAAAUCAAUGUUACUUGAUAUGUCAAGAAGCAGGGCAUUUUUCAAGCCUGGACUCCCAUAUGACUUAGAGGUUUUGGCUCGAACUCCUGGUGGCUCAGUUGUGGCCAGGACUGAGGUGACAUUGCAGGCGUUUUAUAAAGCAAAGGAUUCUAGAGAAUGGUCUCGAAUAUUGUUUACGGGAAAUACUCUAUCAAAACGGAUGACUGAUGAUUCUGGAUUUGCUGAUUUUGUUUUUGACGUCCCACAAACCUCUGUAAAAGUCAAACUGCAGAUAAGAGCAAGUGGUAACCCUUGGACUGAGACUGAGUUGUUCUCAGAGGGUUCUGUCAACGGCAAAUAUCUUAUGAUACGGCAACGUCGUACACCUUAUGACAUCUGUACAAAUUCAGAAAAUUCGUGUGGAGAAGAGCAGUUCAGCGUGUAUUCUUCCGACUCUGGCAUAAAAACUACUCUCUGUUACACGCUUAUUUGCCGUGGACAAAUUGCAGUCUCAAAAUGUCGCUCUGCCAGCUCAUGGCCAUACCAAAUUGGCAUCAAACUGUUACCAGUUGCAAGUCCUUGUUGCAAACUUCUGGUUUACUACCAAGAUCAACAAUCCCUUGUGGCUGACUACAUUUUUGUGUACAGUCAAUUGGCCUUCUCCAAUAAUAUUUCUAUAACACCACAAAGAACUAAUCGCCCGUACUUUACACCCAAUGAAGAAGUGUCCAUAGAUAUCGAAGGAAUCCCUGGUACUGCAGUUCAUCUGUCUGCUGUAGACGAAGGUGUACUGUUGCUGGGAGACAGCAGGCUUACAGCGGCAGAGAUGUUCAACAAGCUUAAAGGCUGCAAACUGGGUUGUGAUGCAAUUGGAGGACGUAACAGUGACACCAUUUUCCAGAAUGCUGGUCUUGUAUUUGCGAAGAAGUCAAAGGCAACUGACUACAACCCUAUUUGUUUUCCGCCAGCUAAACUGGAGCCUACUUUUCCAAAUCUGGAAGCUUGCUGUGAGAGCGGUAGAGUUCACUGUAAGGACUGCGAAGCUGGGAGGAAGAAUGUGAAAACUGAAGGGAUCCACACUGAAGCAUGUAUCACUGCUUUCUCUCAAUGUUGUCAAGCUGCCAAUGAGCAUGAUUCAUGCAGUAUUGGAGGUCGAGCUAGGACUACUGGUCAUGGAUCGUUUGGACGUAGCCAGGACUUUAAACCAACCGUAUAUCGAUCAUAUUUUCCAGAAUCCUGGCUCAAGAUGACAAAAACAAUUGGAGACCGAGGAAAGAACGUUUUGCACGUUACUGUUCCAGACACCAUAACCACCUGGCAAGUCAAUGCGGUUGGAAUUUCUGACACUGGAAUAUUUGGAAUGGCUUCUCCUCAGCGCCUGAGAGUAUUUUCUCCUAUUUUUCUGGAGGUCACUUUGCCUUACUCCGUCAUACGAAAUGAGCAAUUUGUAGUAAAAGCGACAGUAUACAACUACAACCCUGUAACAACCGUUGAUAACGUUGCAGUGAACAUGAAGUCAGAUUCGUUUGAUAUCUGUACAACUGCCGGCACAGGAAGAGCUACCGAGAAAAAAACAAUUGAAACGAUCCCUCCAAAGUCUAGUCACACGUUUCAGUUUCCUGUUGUUCCAUUAUCUGUCGGUGAGAUUAAAAUAGAGGUCAUUGCAGAGCUAGAGUUACUACGAGAAGUGGUGACAAAAACAGUAAUUGUUGAGCCGGAAGGAGAAGAAAAUGAGAUAUCUUUCUCGAACUUAUUAGAUCCAAGUUCUAACAGAGGACAGCAGAAUUUCAAUUUUAAUCUAAGCAGUCCUGCACAUUCGGUCAGAGGCUCAGCGCAGCCUUACCUCUACGUAACAGGCAAUAUGUUGGGUCCUGUGGUAGCAUUGGAAGGGUUUGACAGUCUUCUCAAGCAGCCUUAUGGAUGUGGAGAACAAAACAUGAUCAACUUCUGCCCAAACGUUGUCGUCCUACUGUACCUCAACAACACAGGACAAAUCAACAACCAAUUUCUUGAACGAGGCAUUGCAAAUAUUCGAAGCGGUUACAGUCGCCAGAUGAUGUUUAGAAGGACUAAUCCACCUGGAUCUUUUAGUGCUUUUGGAGACAGCGAUGCUCAUGGAAGCACAUGGCUUACUGCUUUUGUGCUGAGGUGCUUUUGUUUGGUGUCAAAGCUAGAGUUUGACAAUAUGAUUGUGGAUCCGUUGGUCAUCGAGACUGGAAAAGAAUGGCUGGCAAAGCAACAAACUCUGGCCGGAGAAUUUGUUGAGAACGGUCGACUAUUGGAUGUUAGUCUUCAGGGAGGUGUUCAAAGUGCUUCUCGUUCUAUGACGGCUUACGUUCUACUUGCAUUUCUGGAGUGUCCUUCAGCUGCGUCUAUGAACGGAGUGACGGAGACUGUUGGGCCUCAGCCAGUCUCACCACCAGUAGCCUCCGCCGUUCGGUACCUCCUCGCAAAAAUUAGCAACCCAAGCAACAGUGUCACAGCUUUCGAAUCAGCUAUUGUGUCGUACGCUUUAUGUUUGGCUAAAGAACAGACAGCUGCAAGAACAACUUUGGGAAAACUGUGGCAGUUUGCCACUGUCAGUGUGGUUCAUAAGACGGCUGAUUGGGUUAGCAGGAGUCCUACUAAAGCAGUUUCUAUUGAGACGGCCGCUUACGCGGUAUUGGCAUUCAUUUGUAUGGGCGAUAUGACGUCUGCUUCUUCUGUUGUCAACUGGCUCAAUGCACAGCGCGGUUUAGGUGGCGGAUUUGUUUCUACGCAGGACACUGUGAUUGCAAUACAAGCACUAGCACUCUAUGCUGAGAAAAGAUAUGAAAAAGAUUCUAGUCUGGCCGUUAAGGUGGUAUAUUCAGAUUCUUCUUUUUCUCCAUCUAUUACAAUAAGUGGCAAACAAGCUAACGUCCGUCAGAAUCUCAACGUUUCCUUAAGUUCAAAUGUUCGAGUAAACGUACAAGGGUCUGGAACGGGACUACUGCAGGCUGGAAUACGGUAUAACACUCUUCCUGGAAACAAAGUCUGUAACUUCUCAACCAAUGUUGACACUACGUUCGACGAAAACACGAAGACCAUGGAACUAACUGUAUCCGUCAAAUUUAAAGGCGAGGGCAAUACUGGUAUGGCUGUGGUGUCUGUUCGUCUUCUCUCAGGCUUUGUUGUUGAUGUCGAGUCGCUCAAGAGAGUAACACGCAGUGUGGACCAGAUAAAUCUUUAUGACACUGAAAAGCAGUCCGUGAACUUCUACUUUGAUUACAUUCCAAGUGAAUCAUUCGUUAGAUUUUCCUUUACUGCGAGAAGGCUGAUUGAAGUAGGAUUUUUGCAACCGGCGCCGGUUACCGUUUACGACUACUACAAUCCAGAUGUCAGCUGCACAGUUACUUACGCAGCUGAUAGUGAAAGUUCGUUAUUAGCUUUGUUAUGUAAAGGAACUCAUUGUCAAUGUGGAGCAGGGAAAUGUCCAUUUUGCCAAAAAUUUGAGAACAGCAGGAACAAGCCCGAUAACGACCGUCCAAAAUGCGGAGACAAGUAUCCUCAGGCAGAUUCUAAAAAACAGAAAAUUACACUAGAUAUGUUGAAAAGAGAAACAUGUUCAAAAGACUUUGCCUACAGAUUUUCAGUAACAAGCUCCAAGACUUCGUGCAAGAAUGGUUGGACUAAGAUAUUGGGAAAAAUUGUGAAAAUCCAUAAACCAGGAAUUCGCGACGUGAACGUCGGUAAAAAGAUUAGAAUAUGGAAAAGAGCGGACUGCGCUUGCCCAGGCUUUGUGAAAGGAGAGGAGUACCUCUACGUCGGUCAUGACGGUCCAAAAUUUCUGGUCGAUCACAAUUCAAUUGUGUUGAAAUGGGAAAGAAAAUUGUUCAAGGAUUAUGUUAAGUUUUUAGGUAAGAAAGCUGGCUGUGAGGUCAUUUCACGUCGCUGACGGCGUGUUGCUAUCUUUGUUUGACGAAUAUUGUGACGUCUGUGGGACUCUAGAUUUCUUAGACUUUGCUGUACGACUGUUAUAACAAAGCAACAAUGCUUGCUACUGAUUAGUAGUAAUAUACGAUUGCCAACAUUUCAAGUUGGUCGUUUAAAAA